AUGACUAUUGACGUUUCCACACGGCAUUUGAGGAUAGCCAUUGUCGGAGGUGGGCCUGGCGGGCUGGCCACGGCGAUAGCGCUGUCCAAGAUUCCGAACGUGGACGUGACGAUAUACGAGCAGGCGAGCGUGUUGCGUGAGACGUGGACGGUGUUGAAUCUUAACGGCCGGUCUGGUGAAGAACUCCAUCGCCGUGAAAAACAGCCCACUGAUUCUAAGAGGCCGCCGGUUCGGACGCAACGGACGAAGCUGCAGUCGGCACUUCUGGCUCAUGUCAAGCCGGGAACUAUUCAGCUCUCCAAGAAGCUGACUCGAAUGGCGGACAAGGGUUCAGAAGGUGUCGAGUUGCAUUUCAAAGAUGGGAGCUCCGCAACGGUUGAUUUGGUUGUUGGCGCUGAUGGUAUUCGCUCCGUUGUGAGGGAUACGGCAUGGCCCAAUUAUGAGAUCAAAUUCACAGGGACGACAAUUUGGCGCACGUUGCUUCCCUGGGAUAAUGUCAAAGAUUUGGAUCCGCGAUUCGGAAUUACUGGGUGGUGGCAUUCACCAACCACUCAUGUGUACUUCUCGCCGGUUGGAGAGGGCCUUUGGGAAAUUGCCGCGAGAGCGUGGCAUGAUCCGGCUAUUCAUAGCGCUAGCAAAGUCAGUUGGGGUGUCCCGGUCGAAAAUAAGCAUGUCGAAUCACACUUCACGGAAUACUUGCCAGAGAUCAGGGAGGCGUUGGAGCGAGUGCCAGAUGGCGGAUGGCGAGAAUUUGCCGCAUUUGCUGGUCCAGAGCUCGACAAAUUGACGGCAUGGGACAACAAAAUAGUCCUCGUUGGAGAUUCUUCUCACGCCCUUUCUGGGGCCUUUGGAUCUGGAGCAGGUUUUGCGAUGGAAGACGGCUGGAUCCUUGCACAGGCUCUGGCCUACUUCGGAAACGAUACUGAGAAGGCACUGCCCCUGUUUGAUGCGAUACGGCUUCCGUACUACUCGCGGAUGUACUCUCAUCUGGCAUCGGAGGCAUCCAAACGCAAGGCAAAGCUACAGGAUCUUGGGAAUCCUUCGUUCGAUGAGCGGGUUGCGAACAAGAUCAUCGUGGAUGGGGGGACGGAUAUGUCUUGGAUAUAUGCGAACGAUAUCGGAUUCGUUUGGGACCAAGCAGUGGAAUCGUCACACGGAGGGCGCUGA